AGGACUUUCUGAUCUGUUGGGGGUCGAGAGGAUGGCAGAGCAGGCUGCUCCAAUGCUGUCCACCAAGACCAACGUGAGCCAAGAGCAGAUGCUGUCGACGCUCGAGGCUUCCAUGGCCACAACGAAGCGAGGACCACGAGUAGACGAGAAGACUAUGAAGAUCAUCCCUAGAAGCAUUCUAGGAGACCCGGAGGAGUUUCAAACCAUGCUGAGGCAGCAGACUGCUGUGAAGAACCCGAGUACGCCAGGAAGUGAGAACCUUGCCUCCCCUACCAGCGCCAAGACAGGACGGGCGAGGUUCGCAUCCGGUGUGAGCGCCAUUACGCUUCCCACGUCGGUGUCGGAACACAUGGAUCAGUCCAAUAUGUCUCCGGGCCUCAACACCAGCAUGUACUACGAGCAGCAGGAGAAUCUCGACAAGGAGUCUGAACUCCGCAAGUCGCUCAAGAUCCUGGAGGAGACGAAGCGGCGCGAGAGGGAGGAGCGGCACAAGAAGCUCAAGGCCCUUCAUAUCUUUCAGCGGUUCGACCAGGUGAAGGAACAACGCAUCCUGACGCGGCACGAGAAGCGGCAGGCGGAGUGGGAGGCGUUCAGAGCUCGCAUGGCGAAGAGGCUGAACAAGGACCCGGAUGACCUCGUGAUCAACCGAGCGGAGGAGUUCCGCAUGCUGUUGGAGGAGAAGGACAUCCUCGGGAAAGUAGUCCCGAUCGAGAAGCGGCAUGGCGCGAACUUGUGGCAGAUGAGCUUGAGAGAUGCGUGGACGCGAUACCUGACGGUGGGAAGCAUCUUCUCCGGCCUUGAGAUGCCCUUCGUGGACAAGCCGGACCUCAGACCUGAAAUGAUCACUUACAUUCGCCAGCCGUUCAAGGAGUCCAAUGUGGUGCUGAACAAGACGCGAAAAUCUCGUGCGGAAGUCCCCGACGAGGUCUCCUAUGUGGAGGAGUACAAGAAGCAGUACUCCAAGUCGCUCGGCGUGCUCCAGCCCCAUGAGCCUGAGCUCGCCAACAUCUACAUCCAGGGCGUCGGGUUGGAGCGGGAGUACAACCAGAAGCUCCAGGAGACUAUCAGGCUGAAGGAGGAGGAGGAAGAGAAGCAGAGGAAGGAGGAGGAAAGGCAAGCUCGUCGAGCCUCGAGGAUGCCGACCUACCUGAGCCGGUCUAGCCUGAACGGCACAGACGCCGCGUCCCUCUCCGCUCGCUCGUACGCUACGACUGUACAGCCGACGGAGGCGUCGAAGACGGGGAUAGAGCCGGAGAAGUGGGAGCCUGACGUGGAGGCGCCUGCCAUGCACUUCGGGUCGAGCAGGCUUCUGUGCCAUACGGUGAAGGAGCAGGUGGCGGAGGUGCGGCUGGGCUGCAUGAACGUGGGGAACACGGCGGUGUACUACAAGUGGACCAGGAAGCAGCUCGGGGUUGACAGCGCCAAGGACGGAGUGCAGCGGGUGUUCCAGCAGGACAUGUCAGGAUCGAUCCUCCCGGGAGCGAACAAGGAGUUCGUCUUCACGUUCAAGUCGGACAAGCCUGGAAUCUUCGCGGAGGAGUGGAGGUUCGAGGGUCGACCCCUGAUGGAGGCUACGGAGCAUGUGGUGGUGAUCAAAGGAGUGGCGCUGGAGGAGGACCUCGGGAAGACCAAGAGGGCUGAGCUCGAGAUGCGAAUCGGAGCCUCGCUGAAAGAGCACGCGGUGUCGGACUUCGUCGACGAGCUGGUGGAUCACAUCGGAACUCCGCGAUCUCGAUCGAGAGUGCUGGUGGAGGACCCUGACGUUGACCGUCAAGUGUUCAUCGCUCAGAACAAGGAGGCGCAGAUCUACUACUCCAACACGACCCUCAAGCUGUUCCGGUCGCUGGCAGACUCCACCUUCGAGUUGCUGAACUUUCCCAUGGAGUUGCGCAAGUGGGACUCGUCCCUUGAGUCGUUGAAGCGGCUGCUGUACGCGAUCGAGGACGACUAUGAGCGCGAGCGGCACAUCGUUCAGUUCAACGACAUCAUGAAGGGCCUACAUUCACCUCGAGCAAGUCGUCCUCAUGCAGAAAGCUCCUUGGCAAGAGGAAGGCUGCAGCUGGUGAACCAUCAGGCGCG